AUGCCCGCCCGCAGAACAGUAGGCAUCCUCGGCGGGGGCCAGCUCGGGCGUAUGCUCGCGCACCCUGCGGCCCUCCUCGGCGUGCCUCUCGUCAUCCUCGACGCCGGUCUCUCUACCCCGGCGAAACAGGUCCUCGCUCCCAUCCCUCCCCAAACGCACAUUGACGGCCCCUUCACUUCUUCCACGCACAUCCGGGAACUCGCCGCUCAAUGCGAUGUCCUCACUGUCGAAAUUGAGCAUGUCAAUGCGGAUGUCCUCGAGGAGAUCGAGAAGGAGGGAUUGUGCGAAGUGCAGCCUAGCCCGCGGACAAUUCGGCUCAUCCAGGACAAGUACCUCCAAAAGGAGUAUCUGGCGUCCAAGGGGGUGGCGGUAGCGCCGUUUGAAAAGGUGGAGAAGACGGAAGAGGGGAUCAAGGGAGUCGCCGCGAGACUGGGGCUGCCGCUCAUGCUCAAAGCCAGGACGUUGGCGUAUGACGGGAGGGGGAACUCGCCAUUACAGUCGGUGGAAAGUGGGGAUAUCCAAAAGUCGUUGGAGUUUCUGGGUGAUCGACCGCUGUAUGCGGAGGGGUGGGCGCCGUUUGUCAAGGAGGUAGCGGUGAUGGUGGUGCGGAAUACCAAGGGGGAAGUAAGGAGCUACGAUGCGGUUGAGACGAUCCAUCGGGAGAGUAUACUCCGGGUGGCGUUAGCGCCGUUGAGGGCAGCAGGGAAGGGGAUGGAGAAUGUCAACGAGCGGGCGAGGGAGUUGGCGGAGAAGGCUGUGGGAUGUUUGGAAGGCGCAGGGAUCUUUGGCGUGGAAAUGUUCCUUAUGGAAGAUGGCUCUUUACUCCUCAAUGAAAUUGCGCCCCGGCCUCACAACUCCGGGCACCACACGAUCGAAGCCUGCUCCACAUCUCAAUACGAAAACCACCUCCGCGCAAUCCUCUCCCUCCCUCUUGGCGAUACAUCCCUCAUCGUCCCCUCCGCAGCCAUGAUCAACAUCCUCGGCGUCUCUUCCUCCCUCUCCGACGUCUACGCCAUGGCGGACGCCGCGCUCCCUAUCCCCGGCGCCAAAGCCCACCUCUAUGGCAAGGCCGAGAGUCGCAAAGCGCGCAAAAUGGGGCAUAUCACCAUCACUGCCGGAUCCGACGCAUCUCUGCGCGAAAAGAUGCGCCCCGUUCUCUUGGCCCAAUCGGACUUGUCGGCGUCGGAGUUUAUCGAUUCCCUCUGCCCUCCUAUAUCCACCGGGAAAUCGCACCCCCAACCUCUGGUCGGAAUCAUCAUGGGCUCAGACUCGGACUUGCCAGUCAUGCUCCCCGCCACGAAGAUCUUGGAUCAGUUUGGCGUCCCGUAUGAACUGACCAUCACCUCGGCGCAUCGGACACCGGCGCGGAUGGUCGAGUAUGCGCAUGCGGCGCGGAGUAGGGGGUUGAGGGUCAUCAUUGCGGGAGCGGGAGGCGCGGCGCAUCUGCCAGGGAUGGUGGCGAGCGAGACGAGCCUGCCGGUUGUCGGGGUACCGGUCAAGGCGAGCGUCUUGGACGGGGUGGACAGCCUGUACUCGAUCGUACAGAUGCCACGCGGUAUACCCACAGCGACGGUCGGAAUCAACAACUCGACCAAUGCCGCCCUUCUGGCUGUACGGAUACUCGGGACGUCUAUUCCCGCUUACGCAGACGCGGUAGAAAAGUACGCCAAGACGAUGGAGGAGGAGGUGCUGGCCAAGGUGGGCGUACUCGAGGAGUUGGGGUGGGACAAGUACGUCACGGACAAGCUGAAGAAGUGA